AUGUCGACACCGCCUCCCUCGAUUGAAUUCGACACUGAGCUAGCGCUCAUCCUGCCGAACAUUCCUAUACCAAAGAACCUGACCGUUGAGAUGCUACCGGCCGUGCGGGAAGCCAGCGCAAAGGCCGCGACAGCAGACACUCUCACCCAGGGAAAACCAAUUGCCCACCGGGAGGUUACCAUACCCGGGCCCGAAGGCCCCAUCACGCUCUCGAUCUUCGAGCGGACCACGGAGAGCGCAAAGAGCGGCCGCCCAGGGAUUUUUCAUAUCCAUGGCGGGGGCCGAAUACUCGGGCAUCGGUUCAGCGGCGUUGCAACGAUACUGCAGUGGGUUGUGGACCACGACGCAGUGUGUGUCUCGAUAGAAUACCGCUUGGCACCGGACUCUCCAGGCAUGGUUGCUGUGGACGAGUGCUACAGAGGCCUUCAGUGGAUGGCAGACAGUACUGAUAAGCUCGGAAUCGACCCGCAGAAGUUGAUGAUUGCCGGGCAGUCCACUAGUGGCGGGCUGGCCGCCGGGGUAGCACUCGCGGCACGAGACCGGAACGGGCCUCAGCUAUGUGCGCAGUUGUUGAUGUGUCCGCAGAUCAAUGAUAGAAACAACACCGUGUCAAGCCGACAGUUCCUGGACCGGGGCAUCUGGAACGCCAAGGACAAUGCCUUGGGAUGGGAGUGCGCCCUUGGCACGAGCACUGGCUCGGACGAGAUCAGUCCGUAUCUAGCUCCUGCGCGAGCAGCAGACCUCUCGUGCCUACCGCCAGCAUAUAUUGAUGUCGGCUCUGCCGAGGUCUUUCGUGAUGAGGAUGUCCACUAUGCCUUGAAACUUUGGGAAUCUGGGGUCCAGGCGGAACUCCAUGUCUGGCCCGGGGGGUUCCAUGUAUUCGAGCAAAUGGCGCCAAACUCUGAGCUUGGUCGACGGGUAAUAGCUGCUCGCAAUGCGUGGGUACAGCGAGUAUUAGGAUAA